GGUUGGGGCACAGUUCCACUGCAGAGGAUGGUCCGAAUGCAGCUCAUCUUAGUCUUUGCUCUCGCUGUACUUCUGGGAGCGGCCAUGGCCCGGCCGGCUAAUCAGGACCAGCCCAUAGCGGAUGCAGUUCCCGCUGUGGCCCUAUCGGAUGUGGCCGAUGUGGGUGGCCAGCAUGCAGAGGAGGGAGAACGUCCCGCCCGUUGGCUGGGGGGCUGGGGAGGAGGAUGGGGAGGAGGAUGGGGAGGAGGAUGGGGAGGAGGAUGGAGCGGCGGUUGGAACAGAGGAUGGGGCGGUGGUAGUUAUAGCCCCUGGGGCUAUGGCUAUCGCAGCUACUGGUGGUAGCCGCAUGUGGUACUCGUAUGUGUCACAAAUAAAGCAAUUCCCAAUAUCA